CGGACAGUCGCGCGGCCCCUCCGCAGACAGUCUGUGACUGUAGGUCCGCGUGUCCUCCCGCUGCGAUCCUCCUCCCGCACCUGCAGCGCCUGUAGCUCCUACAGCCCGCACCUGCGCUGCACCUGCAAACACCUGCGCCCGCACCUGUGCUCGGCCCCAGCAUGGCGGACCAAGAGCCGUUCGACACGAAUAUCAACACCCUGACCCGUUUCGUCAUGGAGGAGGGCAGGAAGGCUCGUGGCACGGGCAAGAUGACCCAGCUGCUGAACUCGCUCUGCACCGCGGUCGAAGCCAUCUCCUCUGCUGUGCAGAAGGCCGGCAUCGCUCAGCUCUAUGGCAUCGCUGGCUCAACCAAUGUGACAGGGGAUCAAGUGAAGAAGCUGGAUGUCCUCUCCAACGACCUGGUCACCAACAUGUUGAAGUCGUCCUUCUCCACCUGUGUUCUUGUGUCUGAAGAGGAUAAACACGCCAUCAUAGUAGAACCCGAGAAGAGGGGAAAAUAUGUGGUCUGUUUUGACCCCCUUGAUGGUUCCUCCAACAUCGACUGUCUUGUGUCCAUUGGAACCAUUUUUGGCAUCUAUAGAAAGAAAACUACUGAUGAGCCUUCUGAGAAGGAUGCCCUGCAGUCAGGCCGGAACCUGGUGGCAGCUGGCUACGCCCUGUAUGGCAGUGCUACCAUGUUGGUCCUUGCCACAGAGAGUGGUGUUAACUGCUUCAUGCUGGACCCGGCCAUCGGAGAGUUCAUUCUGGUGGAUAGUAAUGUGAAGAUCAAGAAGAAAGGUAAUAUCUACAGCCUUAAUGAGGGCUAUGCCAAGGACUUUGACCCUGCCGUCACUGAGUACAUCCAGAGGAAAAAGUUUCCCCCAGAUAAUUCUGCUCCCUAUGGUGCCAGGUAUGUGGGGUCCAUGGUGGCUGAUGUUCACCGCACUCUGGUGUAUGGAGGGAUCUUUUUAUACCCUGCCAACAAGAAAAGCCCCAAUGGAAAGCUGAGGCUGCUGUAUGAAUGUAAUCCGAUGGCCUUGGUCAUGGAGAAAGCAGGAGGAUUGGCCACCACAGGGAAGGAAGCUGUACUAGACAUUGUUCCCACUGAUAUCCACCAGAGGGCGCCAGUCAUCAUGGGGUCCCCAGACGACGUGAAGGAGUUCCUAGAGAUAUACAAGAAGCACUCUGCAAAAUGAAGUUCCUGCCUCACCCUCCGCCAAAGCAGUGCCUUUUAUCUGGACCUCUGGUCUCACGUGCUACCCUAAUCUGACUGUGCGUUGCAGAUUCCUAGACAGUGGACGAAACAGCGUGGGUAUUUUCACAAUCCAAUGCCUUGAAGUGCCCGGUGCUGCCUAACCCACAUGCUAUCUUGGUAAUGGCACUGUGGUCAGUAUAUAUUUUGAGUAGGUGAAGAAGAAAUAAACACAGUUUUCCUUUAUAAAAGAAUUCUUCAUUGCUUUGUGUCAGAUAAUAAAUACACAGAACAUUAAACAACUCA